AUGACCUCCUCAAAGAGUACCUCAUUCGCUGGGCACCUGAGCCUGAUGGUCUACCAGACUUGGAGCACCACAAGGCGGCAGUGGCACUCUUGGCUGUAUCUCUUAACCUCUUCCCGAACGAGCUCUACUUGCAAAAGGGUGGGCGUGGUUUAG